UGAGCGCACGCAGGUUAACUGCAUUACAUAGCAACAGAAGGAAAACGUUGACGAAAUGCCACAAUUAAACCUUCAAUUUUCUAAGAAAGAAAAAAGAUUGCAGCUCCCCGGAUGCUGGUAACUCGGAAAAGUGCGGUCUGGGCUUUGACUACAGAAAUAUAUUAAGAAACGGGUAGCUGCUGUAUGCAUUUGCUCAUGGAAUAGCUUAAGGGAUAGUCUGUAAAAUCUUGGUUCCAGCAGCAUCGAAGAAAGUUAGAAAAAAAAACUGUGGAGAGGGAGUGAUCUCGACCAGGGUAGGAAGAUACACCCAAUAAGCACACAUUUCAAGAAAAGCGAACGCGAUUUCGUGAUCAUAUCGCCAACACAUAUUUGCCCAGAUGGAGUAUACGGUGACUGUGGCAACGGGAACCUCUGAAUAUUCUGGCACCAACAACUACGUGUAUGUGACCCUCGUGGGGGAGAAGGGUGAAAGUGAAAAGACAGUACUGGACAACCCUGGGCUGGACCUUUGCAGAGGAGCGGUGGACAAGUACAAGAUACGCAGUGCUGCCCCCCUUGGUCACAUUCUGCUGGUGCGACUGGAGAAGCAGCGCUACUGGGUAGAAGAUAACUGGUUCUGCCUCUAUGUAGCUGUGGAGCUCCCAGAUGGCGGCACUUUGACCUUUCCCUGUUAUCGCUGGUUGGUGGGAAAUAUGGAAAUGGAACUACGGGAGGGAACAGCAAAGAAGUUGAGUGAUGACUCCUCGCUUCUUCUGCUGGCUCACAGGAAGGCAGAGAUGCUGGAGAAGCAGAAAUUAUAUCGGUGGCAGGCAUGGGCGCCGGGUAUUCCAAAGUGCAUCGAUGCCAAAUCUGAGACUGACCUGCCACAGGAUGCCCGUUUCCACAAUGAGAAACGCAGUGACUUCGAGGGGUCACUGCAGUAUGCGUUGUUGGAGCUAUCGCUGAAGAAACUGGCAAUAAAAUUUGGAAAGUCAUGGGAUGAUCUGGACGAUUUUAAGCGCAUCUUCUGGAAACUCCGUAGUCCCAUAGCAGAGUAUACAAUGAAGCACUGGAAAGAAGACUCUUUUUUUGCGUACCAGUUUUUGAAUGGCUGCAACCCACGCAUGAUCCAACAAUGCCGCAAGAUUCCAGACAACUUCCCUGUUUCUGGGGACAUGGUGCGGGGUUCUCUGAGGCCAAAUACUACCUUGGAAAAGGAGAUGAAAGCUGGAAAUAUCUACGUAGUGGACUACGCUAUCCUGGAUGGAAUCCCAGCUAAUGUGAUCCGCGGUCAGCAACAGCAUCUGGCUGCACCCAUUUGUCUAUUGUACGACCACCCAGAAGACAGCUUGAUCCCGAUUGCGAUACAGCUGGGACAGACUCCUGGUCCAGACACACCGAUUUUCCUGCCCAGAGACCCACCGCUGGCCUGGGUUCUGGCCAAAAUCUGGGUCCGUCAUGCAGAGUUCCAGAUUUUCCAGGUGCUGUCCCAUCUGUUACGCACACACCUGGUGGUGGAGGUGUUCUGUGUGUCUACAUACCGUCAGCUGCCAUCUGUGCAUCCCAUUUACAAGCUGCUGGCACCACACCUCCGCUACACAUUGGAGAUCAAUUGCCGAGGACGCGGCCAGCUCAUCUCAUCUGAUGGGAUUUUCAAGAGGGUGGUGUCAACAGGGGGUGAUGGGGUGCUGAUGCUGGCCCAAAGAGAAUACAAGAUUUUGACAUACCAGUCCCUCCAGCCCCGUCUGGAUUUCAAAGAACGUGGUGUAACAAAACUGAGAAAUUACUUCUAUAGAGAGGACAGCAUAAUGAUCUGGGAUGUCAUCCAGAGUUUCACCUGGGAGAUGGUGUGCCUGUACUAUCACAGUGACAAAGAAGUGGUCCAGGACACUGAGCUUCAGGCCUGGAUCCAGGAUGCGGCCCAGGAGGGCUUUGUGGACGUCCCCAAGUUUGGUCUGUCCAGUGAGUUGAAGACCAGGAAGGAGCUGAGUACAUUGCUAUCUGUGGUGAUCUUCACUUGUACAGUACAGCACGCAGCUACCAACAAUGGCCAGUUUGACUGGUGUGCCUGGGUACCCAACACUCCCUGCACCAUGCGCCAACCUCCACCAAUUGAUAAAGAUACCGUCACGAUGGAGAUGAUAAUGGAUUCACUGCCAGACAUCAGCCAAUCAUGUGUGGAGAUGGCUAUCACAUGGCACCUGGGGCGUGCCCAGCCUGAUGCGAUCCCCAUGGCGCAAUACAAAGAGCAAUAUUUCACUGAACCUCAGGCUCUGGAGCUGAUCAACAGGCUGCAGCAAGAUCUUCAGGAUGUGGAGAAGCAGAUAGAGAACAAGAAUGAGGGUUUGGAGCUGCCAUACCUUCUUCUGUGCCCGAGUCGAAUAGAGAACAGUAUCACCAUAUAAAUCACAGGCACCAAAUUUAGGUAGCAGGAGAUGGGAUGUGCUGAUUUGCAUUUCAGCUUUUAACUUUAUUCAUUAACUGGCCAUGGAUUGUAACUUUAAUCAUCCAUCUAUCCAUCUUCAAACUGCUAUUUGUGGAAUAAUUUGUCAACAUGUAGCAGUCAUGCUGAAUUUACAGUACAUAUACAUGUAUAAUCUUAUAGAUGAAUAACAGUGCACAUUUUCAGAUGCAGGUUUAUUAAUCAAUGAAUGCUUGAGAAUCAAAUGGGCAAUAAGUUAGUGAUUAAUCUACCUUGUUUGGUAUAGUGUACUAGUGUACCCUGGUUCAAGCAGCACACUGCAACAGGAGCAAGGAAACAUCCUGGAAUUUUGGUUGUCAACUGGAUCAUUAUGAGAAUAUAAUGCUUAGCUGAAUGAUUCAGUUUAUGAUGGGAUGCACACAGUGCUGUUAAUAGCUAUGUGAUUGUAAAUUGUAUUUUUUCUAUUCUAUCUUUUAUGUCAUUUUAAGACUUUCUUAUUAUUGUUAAGGUAUUUUCCAGUAAAUUAAAGUUUUGCAGAUACAUUUGUUAGUAUGUCAUAUGUGUGGUUCUGUAGCAGUAAAUAACAUCACCCCAAAAAAUUCACAAACAUACCAAAACAAAAAGUGAAAAAUUUAGCUACUUGGACAUUGCCUGAUUCUGCUCAUUUAAUUUAUCCUCUGUGUCCAUGAAAAUAGCAUAGAUGUAUUCAAAGCCAUUAAGAAAGCAUGUUGGUUCAGUUAUUAAAAUAAAAUAUGGUAUGUCUAAAUUCCAGUUUGGGAUAUUCCAGGAAGUAGGCUAAGAAAUAUCUCUGUUUCAAAGGCAAAAAUGUGGUAUCCCACUUAUGACUGGAAGAGGGCGCUAUUGCACUGUAUUGUACUUGUAGAGCAAACUUGUCUUAGAAACAGAAUAUAAUACAACCAGUGGUGAGCAGAGGCGUCAGGGGGGCAUAGAUAUUCUGGGAGAUUCAGGGGGGCCGGCACUUUACAGGGCCUGAAAUUAUAGCGUCUCCCAUAGAGGAACCUCCCUGCACCAUUAAAAUUUAUUAUGGGAGGCCCAGUGUGGUCACAUUUUGUCAGGGGCUCAUAAUUUCUAGCUAUGCACCUGGUGUAUGUAUACAGUGCUGGAUCUUGUCUUGUCGGAUUUAAGGAACCCCUGUUUAUAUGAACUUUAUCUUUGUUCACGUAUAUUUAGGCCAGAGUACCUUAAAUCUGGCACGUUAUCCAGCUAAGCAAGAAAUUCUGCUUUGUGAUACAGGCCCCAGUUCAAUAAUUUAAAAGAUUUGUUGAAAAAGAAUGAAUUGGUCAUGAAUGACCCAAAUAUUUUGGCAUUUUUAGUUUGUUGAUUGCAGUCACAAAUUUUUAUUAAAUUGAAUUUGCCCUUGAAAAAAAUGGUCCCUACAAUGUCAAAAUAACAGGUUUUUUUUUUUUUUAUCACAUUUGGUUCCUACAAUGUAAGGUAUACUCACACCCACACACACCUUUGAUUCAGCAAUUAAAUUUUGUUCUCUGUAGAGGACAUAAUGGUUCGGUUCUUAUCUCUCAUACUAUACAUACCACUGUAUUAAGCCCCAUUGUUCCUUAAAGAGGACAGCUAGAG